UUACACCAUAAAUAAAUAAAUUGGAUGACGACGUCUUUGUAUUACCUUGAAGUUCAAGGAAAUUGUAUAGUGUUUUCCCUUGGUUGAAAAUUCAAGGACAUCUCAUCUUAUAAGUUACAACUUCUCUCACUUUCUCUCUCACAAUUUGUGUUAAACUAUACAAUUGUGUCUAUUUAGAAUUAGUCAUCAAUUCUUGUGAUAUCACCUUAAUUUCUUUUAUAUUUGUUAGCUAGUCAAACUGUGAUCUUAUUUGCAGAAGCAAGUCAAGCAACUCGAUCUAUGGAAAUCAAGAAAGUGGUGAUGAAGUUGAACAUCCAUGAUGACAAAGACAAGCAAAAGGCCAUGAAAGCAGUCUCUUCACUUACAGGGAUUAAUUCAGUGGAAGUAGACUUGAAGGAAAGUAAAAUGACAGUGAUAGGAGAUGCUGAUGCAGUUGACGUGGUAAGCAAGUUAAAGAAACCCUGGAAUGCACAGAUUGUAACAGUGGGGCCCCCUAAAGAGGAGAAAAAGGAUGAUAAAAAGGGUGACAAAAAAGAUGAUGAUAAAGCCAAGAAGGAGAAGGAAGAAAAAGAGAAACAAAUUGCUGAGCUUCUUAGACUUCACAGAUUACAUAACCCUCCUGUUUACUAUUGUUAUCAAACUAUAGAAGAUAAUAAUCCUAAUACUUGUGUGAUUUGCUAAUUAUGUGGAUAUAGUUUGCUUUAAAUGGAAAAGACUUGUGAUAUUCGCCUGAGUUGAAACCUGUAAGGUGUAAAGCGAAUGCAAGAUGAUUGGACGUACAUGUUGUUAUGCCCAGUUGUGGUACAUGUUGUUAUCAUGUUGUUAUGACCGCUCCUUGCUUCUACUUUGAAUUUCGACUACUUGUAUCAUAACUCAAAAGUACAUAUUUUUCAAAUGUACCUAAUAAAAAGAGUUUGGAAUAAUACCAAGUAUCUAUUUUGUUGAGAA